CUAAUUACCCACGGACGGCGGACGCUCCUUCUUACUCAUUCAUUCCUAUCCUAUUCUUCUCUCUUCUAAUCUCUCCUGAAACUUCUAGAAACAACACCCACACACCACCUUUCUCCUCCUCCUAACCGGUGGUUUCCACCGCAACCGCUCCCCACUCCGUUUCUGGCUCUCGUUCUCAACAACAACCCAAUCCCUCCAUCCAUCAUCCCUAUCAAGCUGUUUCGAUCGAUCGACUGGUUUUUGUUUUUAUCAAGUUAUUAAUGUGAGAGAAACGGAACUAGGUUGAGUUUCAGAUCUGGCAGCCAAGUCGAUGACAUCGGCUGAGCAGACCGGUGAAUCAGCACCGGCGGACUCGCAAAGAGCCAUUCCGACGCCGUUUCUGACGAAAACGUAUCAGCUCGUGGAUGAUCCUUCCGUCGAUGAUCUAAUAUCGUGGAAUAAAGACGGUAACAGUUUCAUAGUUUGGCGACCAGCCGAAUUCGCUAGAGAUUUGCUACCUAAAUAUUUCAAACACAACAAUUUCUCCAGUUUUGUUCGUCAACUCAACACCUAUGGAUUUCGGAAGGUUGUACCUGACCGUUGGGAAUUCGCUAAUGACGGUUUCCGGCGAGGCCAAAAGGACUUGCUACGUGACAUACAACGACGGAAGAUAUCAUCCGUGGCGGCGGCGACAACGGCAACAGCGAAUGCAGUGACGGUGGCAGUGGCAGCACCGGCUCUAGCGGUGGUGUCCCCAGCGACUUCAGGCGAUGAGCAGGUACUAUCUUCAAAUUCAUCUGCUCUUGCUGCUGCAUACAACAGUAAUCCAGUACUACACCGCACUACUAGUUGCACCACUGCGCCGGAGCUCUUAGAAGAGAAUGAAAGGCUUAGGAAAGAGAACAUACUAAUGAGUCAGGAGUUGAGUCAAUUGAAGGGUCUGUGUAGUAAUGUAUUCGCUUUGAUGAACAAUUAUGCUUCCGGUGUUAGCCGCCAACCGGAAUCGUCAUCCGCGGGGAGGGCGGUGUCUGCACCUGAGAAGACUUUGUUGGAGCUUAUUCCUGCUAAGGAUCUCACCAUGCAUGUAGCUGGCGGAGUUGGCGAUGCUGCUGCUGGCACACCGUGUGAGAAGGAGGUUCCGAAGUUGUUUGGGGUUUCAAUUGGGCUGAAACGACAUAGGAUAGAGUGUGAGGUUGAAGAAGAGAGAGAGGAAAGGAAUCAAAAUUCGCAAAUGCAAUCCUCCUCGCAGGAACCUGAUGGUGGGUCUGAUAUGAAGUCUGGACAACCUGUUGAUGGUGAUGACUCGGCUGAUCAGGAGCCUUGGUUGGAGCUUGGGAAAUGAUAAUGCUCUCCUCCUUUAUUGCUCAUAGUUAAGUUAAAUGGCAAAAAAGCAUUGUUUGGUUGUUGUUUCGUGGCACACACAUGUUUUGGAUAUGCUGCAACACAUUACAUUUCAAUGACUUUCACCUUCACCUUAAACUGUAAAAAAGAGGUUAUAUGCUCAAUUUUGAUGAGCAUCAACUUAAUUAUCAAAUCUUGAGGAGAAUGAAUGAAGCUAAUUCCAAAAGAAAGCUAUUCUUCUGUCGACCGGCCGGUGGUUAGAGAAGGAUUAUCAGCACGUGCAAAUUGAGUAAAAUUGAUUCAGAGAUUGCGUGUUUUAGGAGAGCACUUUUGGCAUAAAGUGACAUGUAGAUAUCAAGAUAUGUGUCUGAUUUGGGAAAUUAUUUCCAAUUUGAUUCAUGUAUUGUAAAUUGUAAUGCUUCCACCUUUGGACUAAGUUCAAUCCUAAAAAUCAAACGUGUUUAUUGUUCACUUGAAAGAACCAAAUUCAGAUCUAAACCAAAUAUAAACGUGCUAAUAUUUCAAGAUUUCUUACUAUUCAACUCAAUAAAUUUCUCUUCAUUAAGCAGCAGUUCAUACACUUUAAUACUUUAUACUUUUUAUGAGUUUUUGGUUAAAAUCAAAUCUAUUUAUGCAGUUUGGUUAAUUCAAAUAUUGAAUGAUAAUUUGUCAAAUACCAUUGGGCCCAUGAUGAACUUCAAGCAGAGUGUUGAGUACAAAAGAUGUGGAACCAAGUUGAAGAAAAACAAUGAUAUGAUGGACCCAAAACAAGGGUAGAAUAUUGCAAAGUUGGGUAUGCUUGGUAGCUUGGAAGGUGCCACAUUUACCCACUACUUAAUUGACUUGUGAAAGCGGUACCCAACAAAUUUAAUUUUCCACAAGCCUGCCUCAGCUAUCAUGAUAUUAUUCCACACAUAGCUUGUUUAAAUUCCAACCCCUCUCUCUUCUUCAUAACUCUAUUCUCUAUUCUACUAUCAUGACAACGUUGGAGAUCAGCAUGGUGUCAGUUGAAGGUCUCGGAAAAUACUCCUCCUCCUAUUUCAUCACUCUCACCAACCUUUCCAACCACCUCGUCUACUCCUACGACGGUGGAGGAGCGGAGGAACACAUGUUCCGAGUCCCAGUGGAUCAUACCUUCUUUUUCGACACACAACACUCGAGCUUACAACUUCAUCUGUACAACAAGCGCCGAAUAUUGGGACCGACGCAACUGGGGUGGUGCAUGAUUCCGGCGUUAGACAUUGGCUUCCUCAACCUCCGUGAUUCCGCCGCAGUACGCUACCUCAGUUACCGGCUACGGGCCACAGACGGUUGUAGGAGCGACAUCAUCAUCAACCUCUCCGUCAAGUUGCUGGGAUCUCCGGACACGUGUCAGACUGUUAUUGGAAUACCAGUUACGGCGGUUCGUGGAGUUGACAAGAAACAACUAGCAGCGCGAUGGUCAUAGAUGAGAGUCGGUGUGGGAUCAAGUUCAGGGACGCAACUUGUAACUCUGAUCUAAUCCAUACUUGUUGUCUGGCAACGUCGUCUAGUGACUAGUGACUAGCGGCUGGGGUGGGGCCACAUGCAGUGCGGUGCGUAGAAGGUGUUGUCAUUACUUUGUGUAAUCUAUGGGAAAAGUUUGUAGUGAAUAGAGAAAGUAAUGUGUGAGGUAAUUGAAUGGAAAAUGAAGUGAAAAUUGUGUCAACAAUAUUAUGAAUCAUAGCUUGUGCACUAAAUUACUUUA